CCUCCUAUCUGCGCUCGAUUGCAGAUCCUUUGGAGCGCCGGGGAGCUGCCGCUGGUGUAGCACUGUGAGCUCACAUACACAUAUACACACUCAGUGUGAGUGCUCGGUGUGCCCGUGUGAGUGUGCCCGAGCGGUGUGAGUGUGCGAGGCGGCUGCGCAGCUUGUGUGCGCACACCAGCACACUGGCAUUUCAGCGAGAGAAAGAGAGAGCUCCUGCUCUGUGAGGAGGCCAGGCACAUAACUGAAAGAAAGUAACCAGCUCAGCCCGACAGCGGCUCCCAAACCUCCUGCCCCCCUCAGCAUGGCUUCCGAGGAACUCUAUGAGGUUGAACGCAUUGUAGACAAAAGGAAAAAUAAAAAGGGUAAAAUAGAGUAUUUGGUGCACUGGAAAGGAUAUGACAGUGGUGAUGAUACAUGGGAACCGGAACAACACUUGGUAAACUGCGAGGAAUAUAUUCUUGAAUUCAACAGAAGGUUAAAUGAAAAGCCAAAAGACAAUGUAAUAACAAGAGCAAACAGGACGUCUCCAAAUAACGCUAGGAAGCAAAUUUCCAGGUCAACCAAUAGUUCACUUUCUAAAACAUCUCCAAAGUCAUCAAUGUUUGGCAAGGAAGGUGAUGCAAAAAAUAGCCAACUACUUAGUAUUAGUCCAAAAUUGCGCAAGAGUCCUUCUCAAGCAAUUCCAUUAAGGAAAAAUAUGGACCUGUCAAGAUCUGGUAUCAAAAUACUUGUACCCAAAAGCCCAAUGAAAAGCAGGACUUCUAUGGAUGGAUUCCAAAAUGAAAGCACAGAAAAAUUAAAUCAUAUUGAACAGGAACAAGACUCAGUAGCACCUGAGCUAACAGCUGAGAAACCAGUUGGGGCUUUACUGGGACCUGGUGCAGAAAGAGCUCGAAUGGGAAGUAGGCCCCGGCCACAGUCAUUGGUACCACAAAUUCAUCUGCCAUUGACCGUGACUGCGUCGUCUGCUCUGGCAGUAAAUGGAAAAGGUACUUCUACAUUUAUUGAAGCUCUUACAGCAAAUGGUACCAGCAAUUUACAGACAUCUGUGGCAGGAGUAACAGGCAAAAAGAGAUUCAUGGAUGAUCGAAGAGACCAACCAUUUGACAAGAGGCUGCGUUUCAGUGUGAGGCAAACUGAAAGUGCUUACCGCUACCGAGACAUUGUUGUGAGAAAACAAGAUGGGUUUACGCACAUUUUACUCUCUACAAAAUCAUCUGAGAAUAAUUCGCUGAAUCCAGAGGUAAUGAAGGAAGUUCAAGGGGCACUAAACACUGCAGCUGCAGAUGACAGCAAACUUGUUCUGUUCAGCGCAGUUGGUAGCGUGUUCUGCUGUGGUCUUGACUUUAUAUAUUUUAUACGACGUCUGACGGAUGAUCGAAAAAGAGAGAGUACAAAAAUGGCCGAUGCCAUAAGGGUGUUUGUAAAUACAUUUAUACAGUUCAAGAAGCCAAUUAUUGUAGCGGUAAAUGGACCUGCUAUUGGACUUGGAGCAUCUAUUCUGCCGCUUUGUGAUGUUAUUUGGGCCAACGAAAAGGCUUGGUUUCAGACACCUUAUACUACUUUUGGCCAGAGCCCAGAUGGAUGUUCAUCUCUAAUGUUUCCUAAAAUAAUGGGCCUUGCAUCUGCAAAUGAAAUGUUGUUCAGUGGAAGAAAGUUGACUGCCCAAGAAGCAUGCGCUAAAGGUCUUGUUUCACAAGUAUUCUGGCCCGGAACAUUCACACAAGAAGUGAUGGUUCGCAUAAAAGAACUUGUGUCCUGCAAUCCAGUAGUACUUGAAGAAUCCAAAGGUUUAAUUCGUAAUGUCAUGAGGGGUGACUUGGAACAGACAAAUGAACGGGAAUGUGAAGUACUGAAAAAAAUUUGGGGAUCUGCUCAAGGAAUGGACUCCAUGUUAAAAUACUUACAAAGGAAAAUCGAUGAAUUUUGAACGCAUGCUGAAUAUUUUCUCAUGGACUAGCACUGAAAAGAAAAAUCUACUUUAGUGGACAUCUGUCUCAGAUGUGCCCUGUAUUUAAAGUAUAGCUUGAAGCAUUGUUUUCUGAUAUCUUGGAAAACCGCGCCAUUGUUGGAGACACAGGGCAUUUGUGUGUGUGUGUGUGUGUAUGUAUGUAAGCAUUAGCUUGUACUGUAAAUGAAAGCGGACAAUGAAGAACCUUGUGAGGGUUUUUUCUUUUUAAUUAUUUCUAAUAUAUUUAAAAGAAAAUUAAGCAGACAGCAUUCAGCCCUAUCAUUAUUAGCUUGGUCUGAUACAAAUGUUUAUACUGCAAAGUUAAAAUACCUCAAACAAAAUGAACUUUCUAAGAAAACACAUUUAACCUGUUGUGAUGCAUUUUAAUAGUCCAAAAAUUAAAAGUGUAUUAAGUUUAAAAAGUAAAGUAGUGAAAAAAUUAAUCCAUGUCCAGCAUAUACUAUUUUUUUUUUUAUAUGAAGAAACCACUCUCAAGGAUGAACUUUUCUUUAGAAUGCAGUUGCUGAUUACCUUAUGUUUAGGUUGAGGUUCUUUUUAUUUCAAGGCAAGUUUAUUUAUCUUAUUUAGUUCUAUGAGGAAAAAAAUCAGUUUGCCGGUUUCAUAUAAUACACCAAAAAUUUUUUAUGUUCAUACAUGUAUACAUUUUAGGUCUCACUAGAAUCUAUUUUAUUUAAUAACUUAAUUUUUGGUACACUAUUAAAUUACAAAGUACCCCUAAAAUGACUUUUGUUGGAAGUGUACUUUUUUGUCUCUGGCUUUUUUAUGAUACACUAUAUAAACUUAUCUGUUUUACUUUUUGAUAAUUUAUAGUGUAGAAGAAUGCCUUUGUAAAUAUGCAUAUUAUUCCAUUCCUUCUUGGAGUGUUCAAUUGAUUUGUGACUGCAGAUAUAUUAUAUUUAAGGUAUUUGUGCUUGCAGUCGUGUUGAAUGUAUGAAGAAUAAUAAACAAUCUUAUUUUUGUACAGUU